UGCCCACUUGCGUAUUAUCAUCAGUAUGUCGUGGUUUUUCGGAAGCAAGAAGACUUCAGCCUCGUCGCAGCAGGAUUUUAUAACAACGGAGACCAACGAGGGUUUCGUGUCUGUCGAUCCGGUGAGUCGGCCGUACGAAUCCGCCCUGCCUUAUUACCCGACUCCGUCGUACAAUAUAAUACCGCAGCCGGCUUACCCCGUACUAGCGGUGAGGGAGAGCGCAAACGUCGUACCUGCUUCUGUUAACCCGCUCGACUCUAUUCCGUUCAGGCUGUCGCCGCAGCUGGCUCCUGGCUGUUCAAUUAACAUAAGCGAUAUCCUCACUCUGAAGAGCCAGAUCGACAUGGUAAAAUCUAAGAUUAACUCAAAUCACUUCGAUUACAAUUUCAAAAUAGAAAAGUCAUUCCUGCAAGAGGUUAAUUCUUAAUUUUAUUCUAGCUCGUAACGUGUCUUGGGGGCCAAUUUUUUUUUCCCUUCGAAAGCUGUUUAUAUUCACAGUUUAAUACUUGUCACUUGGUGAAAUUAAAUCCAAUUAGUUUAAAUAAAACAAAUGUAAUGCACACACUAUAUAUUUUUGAAUUUUGAAAAGAAGCUUUAUAACUUAUUCAUUUUAUUCAGCCUUGAAAACCUGUAAAAUAACAUGUAUGUCAAGAACUAUUGUAUGUUUAACAGUGAUAUUUUUUACAUUUAAAUUGAUAAUAUUGAUGUAAAAGAUAAAAACUAUCUUUAUUCUUAUUUAUGCCUAUCUUUAUUCUUUAAACAAUCUGCAUAAAAAAUGCACAGGGGUGGAUGUAUUAUAAUUUAUUGCAUUUUUUUAUGCUGUCAUUUAUCAUUAAAUAAAUAAAAUUCAUUAUUUUAGAGUAACUGUAAAAUGACGUCAAUUUACGAGUGUUUGCAUAAUUGUUUUUAUUGUUUCACAGAAAAAAAAAAAUUAUUCCUAAGUAUUAUUAUACAGAGAAAUUAUCGAUAAUGCAAAUUUAUUAUUUAUUUUCUUAAAAAUUUGUCCGAAGUGGUUGAAAUCGGAGAUUGCUUUUGUUUUAUUUUUCUUAAUCAGUCUAGUAGAAGAUUAACACAAUUUGCAAUAAUUUAUCGAACGGGACUAUUUUCAAUUCUCUGAACCAGUUGUAUCAGGCUCUCUACGUAAUCCCUACAACAUUUAGAACAUGCAUUAUUAAACUAAUUAUCAAUUGUAAAUAAGAAGGGAAAAACAGUCGAAAUACAGUUUAUAUUAUUUCGUUCACACGUUCUUAAAUUCAAAUUUUGAUUUAAUUACAAGGGCAAAAUUUAAUUAAGUUUAUGAGAUUUUUAUUUUGUCCAUAUU